AUGCCCACCACGACGGCCACCAUUAUCCAAUAUCCAGAUCCAUGGACACCAAACCACAUUCCAAAUACUGCUGGCAAAUGCAGUUCACAGGUAGUGACUCGUUUUUGUGCGAGGUAUCGUUCAUAUAGUGGUAGUGAUAGCUUCUUGUGUGUCUUCUCCUUCGAAUCGACUGACGUUGACUCACCUAGUUCUCGAGCUACUUCCACUACUCCCGCUAUUCCCUGUGCGCCCACUGCUGCUGCUGCUGCUGCUCCCUCCACUACCACUUCGACCACCACUUCCUCCUCCACUGCGCCCUCCCCCGCCACCGCCCCCACGCCGCUUAACUAG